AUGUGUGACACUGGCUGCUCCUCGGGCUGCCAGCCGGCCUGCUCUGUGCCCAGCCCCUGCCAGGCAUCCUGCUAUGUGCCUGUGAGCUGCCAGCCAGCCGUGUGCACACCCGUGAGCUGCCAGCCAGCCGUGUGCACACCCGUGAGCUGCCAGCCUGCCGUGUGCACGCCCGUGAACUGCCAGUCAGCCGUGUGCACGCCCGUCAGCUGCCAGCCUGCCGUGUGUACGCCCGUGAGCUCCCAGUCAGCCGUGUGCACGCCCGUGAGCUGCCAGUCAGCCGUGUGCACGCCUGUCAGCGGCCAGCCCGCUGUGUAUGUGGCCCCCUUCUGCCAGUCCUCUGGGUGCUGCCAGCCCGCCUGCCCCACCCUGGUCUGCAGACCGGUCUCCUGUAGCUCCCCUUGCUGCUGUUGACCACGAGUCCCUUACUCAGCUGCUCUCCGUGCAGACGGGUCCACACCUGUACCCCUCCCGGAACAAGUCCUCUCUGGGCCUCCAGGUUCUGCACGUGGCAGAUGAAAAGCAUGUUCAGCGAAGCCUCUGACCUCCAGCAUGAGAAUGUGGCAGGAUGAUCUGGAUCCCUCCGUGACCCUGCCCGUCCCCUCAGGGAAGCCCUGGCUCCCAGGGUCCUUCUCUGUCUCCAGCAGGAAACCAAACCCCAUGUGAGCCAAAUAAAUCAUGCUUUCCAAUGCA